CUGCCACGCGUGCCAGGCACAGCAUGGGAAGACGCUCCUGUUGCAGGCGGCCCUUGCCGGUGGUGGCAAGUCUGGGUGCUGCACUCCUGCUCCUGUGCGCCCUGCGUCCCGCAUUUGAAAAUAAAGCUCUGGGCUCCAGCUGGUUCGGUGGAGUGAGGAAGAGUCCCCUACAGCUGUUGCGUGACCUGGACCAGGGUCCACGCUCCGCGAUGGCCGAGGUGCACCAGCAGCGGCGUGAGCUGCUGCGCCGGGCCUGCAGCCGCCACACGCGACGCCAACGCCUGCUGCAGCCGGAGGACCUGCGUCACGUGCUGGUGGACGACGCGCACCGGCUGCUGUACUGCUACGUGCCUAAGGUGGCCUGCACCAACUGGAAGCGUGUGAUGCUGGCGUUGCGCGGCCGUGGGGAUCCAAGCGCAAUCCCUGCGCACGAGGCGCAUGCGCCUGGCCUGCUGCCCUCGCUGGCCGACUUUGCGCCGGCUGAGGUCAACUGGCGGCUGCGCGACUACCUGACCUUUCUCUUCGUGCGGGAGCCCUUCGAGCGCCUGGCGUCAGCCUACCGCAACAAGCUGGCGCGGCCACACAGCGCGGCCUUCCAGCGGCGCUAUGGCACACGCAUCGUGCGUCGCCUACGACCACACGCGCAGCCCGAUGCGCUGGCCCGCGGCCACGACGUGCGCUUCGCCGAGUUCCUGGCCUACCUGCUCGACCCGCGCACGCGCCGUCAUGAGCCCUUCAACGAACACUGGGAGCGCGCACACGCGCUGUGCCAUCCGUGCCUAGUGCGCUAUGAUGUAGUGGGCAAGUUUGAGACGAUAGCAGAUGAUGCUGCCUUCGUGCUGGACCUGGUGGGUGAGCCUGGGCUACGUUUCCCUGCUCCACCGCUGAGGCCAGAGAAGGACCUUACGCGUGAGCAGGCCCGGCGCCUUUUCCAGGACAUCAGCCCCUUCUACCAGCGUCGCCUCUUUAACCUCUAUAAGAUGGACUUUCUGCUCUUCAAUUACUCUGCCCCUUCCUACCUGCGACUGCAAUAAGGGUGUUGGGUGCAAUAGAGCCAGUGGCUGCUGUGACCAGGAGGCCACCAGGAGGUCUGGAACGAACCUGGUUGUGUGGAUUGGAGACCUUAUCCAGUGGGCCUGACCAAGAGUCUGGCCACUGGUCACACUCAUUCCGACUGGGUAGGGUACAGGUUGCUUUAGGUGACCAUAACCUUGUCAGGCCGUUUCUGCUGUUAGUUUGAUGUGUGUCUCUUCCUCCCACUCUGCAGAUGUCAGGCUUCUUCCUAGGACUCCAGGUUUGUAGUUCUUUGGUUUGGUUUGAGAGGCCAUUUCUCAGUCUUGUCUGUGUAGAACCUGUCCGUGGCAUGGUGCUACAAGACAGAAUGUCAUGGCUUGGUUCAGUGUGGCCUAAGGUCUUGUCAGCAUUUACUGCUUAGGAGUUAACAUGAGCUGCCUGCCACCCCAGCAGUCACAGGAUGGUGAGCACUACCACUCCACAUCUACCUGGCUGAUCUACCUUUGAUCUCAGCCUUGCAAGAGGCUGGAUCUUCCCCUGUGUCAGCAAAGGCCAAGAUGCAAUACUGUGGCAGCUUUUCCAGCUCACUUUUAUUUUUUUUGUUGUUUUUUUAAAUAAAUAUGUUUUGUUACAUUUU